AUGCGUCUGUCCACCUUCUUAUCGACGACAUUUGUCAUCGGUGCCACUGCCGCGCCAACUUUCCCAAGCUUGGAUAUCAAAGGCAACUCCGUCAGUGCGCUCGACAACUUGUCCGGAUAUUUCAACCUCAUCGCCGCCAAGGUCCAGGCUGCCAAAGCUCUCUCGGCGCCGCCUGUGUGCGACCUCUCCAAAGCGCACAUGCCCAUCGGUGUCGAUGGGCUCCCACCUCCAGAUGCUGGCUUAACUGUACGUCAUGUAGCCGUUGGUCGAGGUACUCAGAACUAUACUUGCGAUACAAACAACCCCAGCGCCGCCCCAAAGGCCAUUGGAGCCGUGGCUACCCUCUUCAAUGCCAGUUGUGUCGCGGCUCUAUAUCCGGACCUUCUCUCCCAAAUCCCAGCCAUGGCCGUAAACUUCAAGCUCGACGAAUCUGAGAAGCUUGGCCCGGCCGUCAUGGCCAAGUCUGGCGUACACUACUUUGACGGGCCGACUCCGUUCUUCAACUUGGAUACUCCGGCGUUGGCCAUCGGUCAAGUCCCAUGUGCGAAGAACAGCUCUGCCAAUGCCCCCUCAACAGCUGCUGUUGGUCCAAAGGGUGAAAAGGCUGUGACCUGGCUUCGACUCACGGCGAAAGAUGGGACGACAGGAAACAUCAAAGACAUCUUCCGUGUUGACACGGCCGGAGGUUCGCCGCCAGCUACUUGCAAGGACAUGCCAGCAUCAUUCGAGGUGCAGUACGCAGCAGUAUACUGGUUCUGGCAAGCCCCAGAUAAGAGCUGA